UUUUGUGUCCAUUCCCUUUAUAGCUUGGAUAUCACAUAUUUAACAGAGAAAUUAAUUGAAAACAUUGUGUUUCUCUUUUAAUUUUAGUUGCACCGGUUUUGUGCUAUUCAGUACAGUAGGACCAUCUAUCUGCAUCUUUAAUUUUCACUGUCAUUUCUUUAUGUCCAGGUUAAUAAUAGAAAGGAUAUGUAUAAAUGGGGCAAGGAUUAAUUUUUCAGGGGAUUGGGGUAGCUCGUGUUCCAGACCAUCAGCUUUUCGUCCCCCAUCCCCCAUUUCCGGAUGUCAAGUUUAUGGAUUUCACCUUCUGCAAUUCAAAUGGCAGACAACCUCUUAAACGCAGCCAGAAUUUUGUCUGUUUUGUGCUGAGGUGUACUCUUUCAGUAUCAUUUCCAAAUUGGGUCUUUGAACUGGAACCCUUUAGUCCUUGGGUGAAAAGUGAAUAUUCUGAAUAAGGUCCGAGAAGCAGAUCUGGUUAAAAUUGCUUUGACAAAAAGCUGCAAAUCCUCCGAUCCAACUAUACCAUUUCUAGAUUAACAAUGAGAUUAAAGAGGAGGUCCCACGUGAACACAAAUAUUUAUAGCUACUUUUUUUGUGGCGGCGCCAAAGAAAUGGAAAGUAGGGGAAUCCCCAUCAACUGAGGAGUAGUUGAAUAAAUUAUUGUAUGUGAACGUAUUAGAAUAUAAUUGUGCUAUAAGAAAUGAGAAAGGGGACAAUUUCAGAGAUGCUGAGACUUGUAAACGUUGAUAUCGAGUUAAAUAAAUAGAAUUAGGUAAACAAUUUUGUAACACCCACUGUGUAAAAACUAAACAAAUUUGAAAGACUAUUCUUGUCCGCUAACCUGAUCCGAACUUUUCUUAGGUUAAGGAAACUCCUUAGCCUCGAGGGGGGUUUAUGUCUAGCUCAAGGUGGAGGAAUGGAGUGGGAGGGGGUAAAUGACAAUUUCCUAAUCUGACCACCUGUGGUUAACUAAAAUCAGUUCCUUUGUUUGAGCCAGCUAUCAGGAAGUGGGGGAAGGGAAAGUGGGGGUCAGUAGUGGCCGCGGGCAAAACUGGGCCUUUCUACUGGAAGAGUAACAUAGAACGAGCUCCCGGGUCAGCCCUCUCUUCCCAGAGGGUGGGGGGAGUGGGCAGGAGCCUCCCUCCUCCACCCUCCUUUUCUGUCCUGGAUGGGGAGGAGGAUGCAGCCUAUCUGGCUCCGGGGAAUGGAGGCGGGGCGGAGGCGGGCACCCUUUGGGGAUAGUUUCCCCGGCCCCUCUCAGGGGCCCAGGCAUUGGGGGACCAGGCUGGUCAUGGCGCGGUCUGGGGAUCCUGUGCGGAGGCUGUUAGCCAUCUACACGGGAGGCACCAUCGGCAUGCGGAACCAGGACGGCAUUCUAGUUCCUGGAAGCAAUUUGUUCACUGCUCUGAAAAAGCUACCCAUGUUUAAUGAUGAGGAAUACUCUCAAGAACACCAGCUACCAGAAGAUACUCUGGCCCUUCCCCUCACCGACCAUAACCAGCGGAUUAUAUAUACCAUCCUGGAAUAUGACCCACUUUUUGACUCCAGUGACAUGACAAUUAACGAGUGGAUUAGAAUUGCAAAGGACAUUGAGAGGAAUUAUGAGCAGUAUUUUGGCUUUGUAAUCAUCCACGGCACAGACACCAUGGCCUUUGCUUCCUCCAUGCUCUCUUUUAUUUUAGGGAACCUUCAGAAAACUGUCAUCCUCACAGGUGCUCAGGUCCCCAUCUAUACUCUUUGGAAUGAUGGCCGGGAGAACCUGCUCGGUAGCCUGCUCAUGGCUGGACAGUAUGUGAUUCCAGAGGUCUGCCUCUUCUUUCAAAACCAGCUCUACCGGGGGAACCGGGUAACAAAGGUGGAUUCUCAACGAUUUGCAGCCUUCUGCUCACCAAACCUGCCUCCACUUGCCAAUGUUGGUGCUGAUAUCACAGUCAACCAUGAAAUCAUAUUGAAGGCCAGUAUGAACAAACAACUUGUGGUACACAGCAACAUGGAGAGAAAUGUUGGCGUCCUUCGGCUCUAUCCUGGAAUUACUGCGGCUAUGGUGAAAGCCUUCCUACAGCCCCCCAUGAAGGGGGUGGUGAUGGAGACUUUCGGCACAGGCAAUGGACCCACCAAUCCUGAUCUGCUUUGGGAGUUGAAGAAGGCCACAGAGAGGGGAAUACUCAUUGUCAACUGUACCCACUGCUUACAGGGUUCUGUGACUUCAAACUACGCAACUGGCAUGGCUCUAUCAGGUAUUGGUAUCAUUCCUGGGUCCGAUAUGACAUCUGAGGCAGCACUGGCCAAACUCUCCUAUGUGCUGGGCAGGGAUGAUCUCGGCCUAGAGUACAAGAGCAAGCUAUUGACCAAGAACUUGAGGGGGGAGAUGACUCCGCUGUCUGAAGAUUUCCAGAUAUCACUUCGGGAUAGCAAAUUUGUCCAGCUUAUUGCCAACCUCCUCUACCUGAACUGCAGCCACGACCUUGAUGCUGUAAGGGACUCUCUGACUCCUACCUUGGCCUGUGCUGCAGCCCGAAUGGGGGAUAUGGAGACCCUAGAAGCCAUCUUCGAAAUGGGUGGAGAUCUGAGUGAGAGUGACUUUGAUGGCCGUACUCCCCUGCACAUGGCUGCCCGAGGUGGGCAUGUGGGUACUGUCCAGUACCUUCUGAGGAAUGGGGCAAAGGUGAACAGCUGUGAUGGUGACAGAAACAGCCCGCUGUUGAUAGCAGUGAAGGGCAGGCACAGAGAUGUCAUCCAGCUCCUCAAGGAUGCAGGUGCUCAUCUAUCUCCUCAAGAGCUUCAGGGUGCAGGGACUGAGCUCUGCAGGCUGGCUGCAAGUGGUGACAGGGAUGGGCUGAUAGCGUGGCAGCAAGCAGGCGUGGACCUAUUCCAGACGGGAUAUGAUGGGCAAACUCCACUGCAAGUUGCAGAAGCAGCUGGAAACCAAGAGUUGGUGAGUCUCUUAAGAGCACACAGGAUAGGAACCAGAUCUGACAUACUGUGAUGCUUCCUACACUCAGAAAAAGGAGAGAGCAUUUGAGAGAUUGUUGCCUUUGAGAACCCUCCAUUGCUGGUGCUGAGCUUGCCUUCGCUCCUCCUGGUAUUGAUGGUUGGGAGAGGAAAGGAGUCAAGGUGAGGGUUGUGGAAAAGGGAAAAAUUCCCUGCUUCCACUUUCCUCCUUCCUUCCUCUACAGCCUGUGAAUGCCCAGGACAACUAAAUCCUUUGUGGUUUAAGCUCCAUUUGUCUGUUAGGUUUUUCACACAGCCCUUUUCCAUUCCUUUUCGCACUGAGCCUUGCUGACCCUUGUCAGGUUCUUUAUGCUUCCCAAUAAGAUUAAACACUACAA